ACAGGACCCACACAUUCAAAUGGAGAUGUGUGAGUAUAAAUAGGAGGGCUGAAGGCUGCAGAGAUCAAAUUCUCUCCACAGAGACCUCUACAGACCGAUCCAUGGCUCCUACAAUCACUGCAGCAUCCACCCAGGAUCAGCUGGUUCUCAGCCACAAGCUGAGGAAGCCUCUGGUGGAGAAGUUACGCAGAGAGAGAAUCAACAGCAGCAUCGAGCAGCUCAAGUCUCUCCUGGGUCCAGAGUUCCUCAAACAGCAGCCAGACUCCAAGCUGGAGAAAGCAGACAUCCUGGAGAUGACCGUCUGUGUCCUGACACGACUGCAGCAGCAGAACCAGAAGCAGCAUCAAGCAGCUGCUGAUCAGGGCUUCUCCAGAUGUGUCCAGGAGGUGGUGCACUUCCUGUCCAGAGACCAGGAGAAGACACAGUCCCAGAGAAGACUGCUGAACCACUUCAACAAGCUGCAGGACCUGAGAGAGGCUGACCUGUGUCCUCUGAGCUCCACGGUCCAGACCAGCACCAGUAAAGACAAGAGUCCAGCCAGCAGCGCCCCCUGGAGGCCGUGGUAGACACUAAAUGAUUGGACUUGAUUAGUUCUUAUUCUCUUACUUCUAAGAGUUUCUGUCUGUAUUACAACUUUUGUCUGUGUUGCCUUUUGUGAAGGCCUGACCACGAUUCUGCGUUCUGCUCUGUGAUGUAAACGCUAUCGUACUUACGAAUAUCUACUUUAUGCUGGCAAUGCCACCGAACUAGAUUGUCCUAUACAUCCUUUUAGGACAUAUUUUCAUGUCAAAACGUGUUUAAAUUUUAUAUUUGAUCAAAGGGUUUAUAAUUAUUAUGUUUGAGCAGAUGAGGUUCAAGACAAAUGUGCUGCGUUAUAAACUCUGUGAGUGACAAGCAACCCCCCUCCCCAUCAUCUUCAAUGAAGGAGUGAAUUAUUUGGAAAUCUGUCAUGAUGAAUGUAUCUCUUCAAGCCAAGUGAUGCGCAAUAAAACAAUCAAAAAAACAACA